AGCCUCAACUUCCCUCCUGUGUCUGGAGAGUGAUCACUUUCACUCCCAAAGACAUCCUUUGGGUAUACUUACUGUGGGAUUCAGAGUGAAGGGCAGAGGACGACCCUGCAAGGGCACGGACUAUAAGAGAGAUCUGUGCAGCUGCGCCUCAGGAGUGUCCUGGGCCUCUGGGCAUGAGAGGAGGGGGGACCACUUGCAGUUUUACUGGACAAUUUGCCACCUUUCCAGAAUCCUCUGAAGAUAUACAGGUCGCAACUAGAGUGAGACCCGAGUACUGCCUUGGGUCAGAAUGGCUAGAGAACCGAGAAAAAACGCAGCCCUGGACGCCCAGUCUGCAGAAGACCAGACGGGGCUUCUGACCGUGAAGGUGGAGAAGGAGGAAGCUUCCGCCUUGACGGCGGAGGUGAGCGCAUCCUGCAGCCCUGCUCGGGGCCCCGAACGCUCCCGCCAGCGCUUCCGAGGCUUCUGCUACCCGGAGGCUGCGGGUCCCCGCGAGGCGCUGAGCCGGCUCCGAGAACUCUGCCGACAAUGGCUGCAGCCUGAGAUGCACAGCAAGGAGCAGAUCCUGGAGCUGCUGGUGCUGGAGCAGUUCCUGACCAUCCUGCCGGGGAAUCUGCAGAGCUGGGUGCGGGAGCAGCAUCCAGAGAGCGGGGAGGAGGUGGUGGUGCUAUUGGAGUAUUUGGAGAGGCAGCUGGAUGAACCGACGCCGCAGGUUCCAGUUGGUGACCAAGGGCAAGAAAUGCUCUGUUGCAAGAUGGCACUGUUGACACAAACUCAAGGGUCUCAAAGUAGCCAGUGCCAGCCAGUGAAGGCUCUGUUCAAGCAUGAAUCUCUGGGAUCCCAGCCCUUACAAGACAGAGUUCUCCAGGUUCCUGGGCUUUCCCAGGGAGGGUGCUGCAGAGAAGAUGCAAUGGUAGCUUCCAGGCUCACUCCAGGGUCCCAGGGGUUGCUGAAAAUGGAAGAUGUGGCUCUGACCCUCUCUCCUGGGUGGACACAGCUAGAUUCAUCUCAGGUGAACAUCUACAGAGAUGAAAAGCAGGAGAACCAUAGCAGCCUCAUCUCCCUUGGUGGUGAAAUACAGACUGAGAGCAGGGACUUGCCUGCAGUCAAGAAGCUUUCAAAAAAGGAGCAUGGGAAGAUAUGCCACCUGAGGGAAGACAUUGCCCAGAAUCCUACAUGUGCAGAAGCUGGUGAACAGGAGGGCAGGUUACAAAGAAAGCAGAAAAAUGCUGUAGGGAGUAAGCGACAUUAUUGCCAUGAAUGUGGAAAGAGUUUUGCUCAAAGUUCAGGCCUGACUAAACACAGGAGAAUCCACACUGGUGAGAAACCAUAUGAAUGUGAAGACUGUGGGAAGACCUUCAUUGGGAGCUCUGCCCUUGUCAUUCAUCAGAGAGUUCACACUGGUGAGAAACCAUAUGAGUGUGAAGAAUGUGGUAAGGUCUUCAGUCACAGCUCAAAUCUUAUCAAACACCAGAGAACCCACACUGGGGAGAAGCCCUAUGAGUGUGAUGACUGUGGGAAGACCUUCAGCCAGAGCUGCAGCCUCCUUGAACAUCACAAAAUUCAUACUGGGGAGAAGCCAUACCAGUGCAAUAUGUGUGGCAAAACCUUUAGGCGGAAUUCACAUCUCCUGAGACAUCAGAGGAUUCAUGGUGAUAAAAAUGUUCAGAAUCCUGAGCAUGGGGAGUCCUGGGAAAGUCAGGGUAGGAUGGAAAGCCAGUGGGAAAAUAUUGAGGCUCCCAUGUCUUAUAAAUGUAAUGAGUGUGAGAGAAGUUUCACCCGGAAUAGAAGUCUUAUUGAACAUCAAAAAAUCCACACUGGUGAGAAACCCUAUCAGUGUGAUACAUGUGGAAAAGGUUUCACUCGAACUUCAUACCUUGUUCAACAUCAGAGAAGCCAUGUAGGGAAAAAAAUUAUUUCACAGUGACCCAUAGUAUUCAUGCCAACAUUGGUGCUCAUUUGUCACUGAACUGAAGCCACCCUGGAGCCCUUAAUGGUUACAGAAGUUGUGGACCAGGGCUUUAUUUACCACUAUACAUCAUCAGGUAUGGGAAAAUGUAGUCUGGCUGAGAUGAUAAGUUAUCUUCUACAUUCUAGAAAGUGAUUGGAAGAAGAAGUCAUUUGAUAGGAGGCCAUGGGAGAGUGGUCUGAAAGUUGUAGGACCUAAAAUAGUUUGUUCUCACCCAGUGGAUUUAAAUGGCCUUCUGGACUUGUUAAUUGCCCUCAGCUAGCAUUUUAGGACAUCUGGUUGGAUGGCUCUGAUCUGGGGGGCUGCUGCUCUGACCACUCAUUUUGCCUCUAAUGAAUCUUUCACAAAUUGGUCAGAUCGAUGAGAUCUUUUACUCUUCAUUGUGCCUUGUAUGAUAGGUGCUAAUAAACAUCUAUUAAAUGUACCAGUAAAAUGGCCUUUGUAGCUCCAAAAAUUUGAUGUUGUCUGUAUUUCUGAGAAAUUUCUAACUUAUGCCAUUUUUGUUUAUGUAUUCUUCUCUGAGGUUCUAGAUUCUGGGUCAAUCUAGUGUAUUUGUUGCCAUGUACAUACUGUUUUCAGAAUUGGGGUGGGGGAAUCCAUAUUUCUCUACCAUGAUAGUACAGAUGAGAAGAAUGCCUUAAACAGCUUCUUUAUCAUUAAGACAUUGUGAGAUUGCUCCAUCCAUAGAACUCCACUGUUUAGUCAAUGUUAAUUAUGUUAGUUUACAUUAAUUUUGCUACACUUUAGGGGGAAUCUUUCACAUUCAGGUAAAUAAAAAUCAACCUAUCAAGUUAGAUCAAAAUGAUUAUUAUGAAUUUUGAAGACAUUCUGUAAGACUUACCAUCUUGUUUCUUACCUUUUAGUUAUCUUGGGCCUAACCAAGUGCUAAGACGUCAUCUGUGUCCCUCUUCCCCAGUUUAUAGCUGACUGUGCAUCAAGGCUUAUGCCAGCUAAGCUUAAACUUUCUCCAGGUCCGAAGAUUCAUACCAAAUAUUUAUAAUUAUUAUUCAUGGUUUCAAAACUGCCCUGUCAGUUGGGGACAGGAAGAUCAGGUUAGAGGCAGCCUACAAGGAGAGAAACUCACGUCUUGAGUGGUAGGAGAAAAUGUAUCUGCUCAGGCUGGGUGCCAUGGCUUACACCUGUAAUCCCAGCACUUUGGGAGGCUGAGGCGGGCAGAUCAUAUGAAGUCAGAAGUUUGAGACCAGCCUGGCCAAGAUGGUGAAACCCUAUCUCUUCAAAAAAUACAAAAAUUAGCCAGGCAUGGUGACACAUGCCUGUAAUCCCUGCUACUUGGGAGGCCAAGGUAGGAGAAUUGCUUGAACCUGGGAGAUUGAAGUCGCAGUGAGCUGAGAUGGUGCCACUGCACUCCAGCCUGGGUUUCAGAGUGAGACUGUCUCAAAAAGAAAAAAAAGAAAAUGUGUCUGUUCAGAAGCACAUUGGGAAUCCUAGGUAUCUGAUGAAAAGGAUUUCACAAUAUCCAAAGUGUUGAUAUGUGCUGUCAAGGCUCAAUGCUGUGAGUUAUUCACAAGAAAUAAGAAUUUUUUGAUAUCUUCUGUUUUCACCCAAAUCACCUGUGUGCUUAAAGACUGAUUUCUGAAGUGCUCAAGUGCCUAUUACCAUCUUCCAGCACUGCCAGAUUUUCAUGAAUGGAUUCUGCUUCUGAUGAAUUACCUGACCAUGUUUUAUUCAGUCACCAGCAUAGUGUUCUUGUCUAUUCUCAAAUACCCUUUCUGGAUUUCUGCUCUGAAAUACCACAGGCUGACCAGAGACUUUCAAAACCAUAAAGUUCUCCCUUUAUUAGUUCCCUACAAUCUUUUAUUGCCUUCAUUAUCUCCUUCUUUUCAGUCUAAUUUAAAACUUCUUUAGCAUUCCAAAGUUCUGUAGACUUUCUCCACUCAAUCUUUCCUAGCCUUUUAAUUUCUUUAAAAUCAGCUUUAUUUAUGUUAUUUCCACAAAGCUAGCCAUUUCCUUUUCUCCUUUAAUUUUUACUUUUCCUAAAUAUUUGCUAAUAGCUCUGAUUUUACACACUGAAACUCAUUACAGACAACUCUAUUCACUUUUCUGUGGUAUUUGUUUCUGAUGUUACAUGAAGAGAUACAUGUGAAAGCUUUUUACAAACCAGAAAGUAUUAUAUGAAUAUAACUUCCUGAGAUUAACUAAGGACCACUGUGCCUCCUUUCACUCCUGCGCCUCCAAGCCUAAAAGUCUUCUCUGUAGAGGAGGGAAAUAUUGUUGAAAAGUACUUUUCAGUGUCUGCUAUGCUAGACAAGGGAAGAAAUAAAGCCUCUAUCUGUGUGUGUGUGUAUAUACACACUUGGGCUUAGGCCUUUAGUAUAAUCAGGUUGGUAAGAUUUGCACACAAAUAAGGCGGUGCAAUAAAUGCCUUAUGAGUGGUAAACUGAGGCUUGUAGAAAUUCGGAGAAGGAAAAGGAUACUUCCAGCUGUGCAAGCUGUUAUUAUUAUAUGGACAGCUUUACAUGUUAGAAAGCUGAAUGGACUCACAACUUUGUCUAAUUGAGUAAAUAAAGCAAAUUUUAAGAGAUAGGGACAUUGUAGGAGCCUUCAGUGCCAGAACAAAAAGUUUAAAUUUUAUUCAGUAAGCAUUAGGGAGCCAUGAUAUUUCAUAAUCAAAAUAUUAUCUUGGAAACUUUAUCUGGUGUAUUAUAUAAUAUCAAGUAAGAAAAUUAUUUUGCUUAUAGUUUUUAGAUACUCCACUUUUGUAUAAAACAGAGGUAUGUGUUUAUAAAUAGCUGAAUUAUAAAAUGGGUUUAUCUGUAGCCUAUUGAAAAGGAUGGCCAAAAAAGUUAUUUUCCAGUGAAAUCAAAUCCAGUAAAAUAAACUAUUUAGUUAAGAUAUAAGCAGUAUAUAAAGCACAAUAAAAUGUCACUUUUCAUAUUUUCUUAAAUUGUUUUUAGGAAUUUUAGUGGUGACUAGUCUGCCAUUCUAUUUCAUUUCUGUAACUGAAGCAGUGCAGAAAUCCUCUAUUUUCUUUUUUCUCCCUUUGCUUGAAUAGUAACUGGUUAUAGCGUUUUUUUCUACUUCGAAAGAAUGAAUGGUUAUAAUGAAAAAAGCUUUUGAUGAAUGGCACUCUUGGUUUGUUCUUAAUUUUGGCAAAGAUGUAUAUAAUUCUGCAAAAGACUUUCUCUGCCUCUUCCUUUAGUGGAAAAAAAAAAAAAAAAAGUAGGAGUGACAACUUACCUCACAGGAUUCUGAGGAUCUGCUUAUAUAAAUAAGAAGUGCUAUGUAAAAACUCUGAAAAUGUUGCUAAUUGGUAGAGAAGUUGAGAUUGAACACUUUGUUAAUGGAAACCUCCAUAUAAAGGAAUUAUAAUUAUUAGUAAAGACUAUAUUUUAAAAAUGUCCUGUAACUAUUUGACAGUAUUGGUCUUCUUAUCUUCUAAUAAUUUCCCAAACCUAUAUGGUACCAUUUCCUCAAUUAUUCAUAAGAACUUUAACCACUAAGUAAAUUCAUUUUAUCUAUUUUUCUCUAAAUACCUGUUCUAGUCCAUUUUUUGUUUUUCUUCAUGAUAGUCAAAAUUGGGUCUGAUAGAUUCAAAUGAGGAAGCUUUAUUUUUCAGUCAGCUUUGUAUAAGUAGUUUCUCUUUUGUACAUUUCAAAGGGAGUUGCUAUGACAGAAAUUUUUCGGGAUGAAUACUUUCCAUGACUACUUUCUUGUGAACUUUUUUUUUUAUAUGUAUCAUGUUCCCUUAUUAUAGAAAUAUCCUUUUAUUGUUGUAUUUACCCAGAUUUCUUACUUGGUUUCUGGCAUUUGCGGUCCCCUUCUAUUUACAGUGUCAACCAAUGACCCUGGAAUUUGAAUGCAGUAAGAUUUCCUGGACUCCUUUCUGAAUUAAUGGUUGAACAUUGGGGUAUAUUCCUGCCUGUUUUGUGUAUGUUGUUGAAUUGGAAGAUUGCCCAAAAUCCUCUGCACAUUUUUUCAAAUUCCUGUUUUUAUUGCCAUUUCUAAGGUUGGUACUUCAAGGUUUUCAGGGAUCUAGGAAAGCAAUCCUAAUGUAACUUAUUUGUAUACAAGUAAUAAACCAUAUGAUUAUU